GUUAUAGCGCGUGGACGAGUUGUGUGCGACAAAAUCGUGACAAAAGUGACAAAGGAAUAUUAUAUAGAAAGAAGAAAACUUACAAAUACUAUAGCAGGAGCAGCAACCACAGACAACGACCAUAAAAAGGCAACGAGGAAAUUGCAUUAUCAUAAAACUUAUGUGAAAGAGAGAAAGCAGGCAGCUACCAAGUGACAAACGACGACGCCAGCAGUGCCAAAGGGCAACAACAGCAAUUUGAAGAGGAGAAGCAGAAUGGAUGAGGAGCACGACGACGACUAUCAAAUAAUAUGAGAUUGGAUGGGGCUUUGGAGCCCCGCCACGGAGCUGCACCAUUGCAGGGCCGCUCCAUUGGUGUUGCCAAGUUUAGGCGCGAAACUCGUGAAAAAUGUGAGACAAAGCAACAACAAUGCGCCGAUGAAGACGAAGAUGCAGCAACAGCAACAGCAGAAGCAGCAGCAAUUGUCAAGUGUCUGACAAACACAAGCAGCAACAAUAACCACGACUUGUCCAACACUUGUCGUUGGAUAAAGGCUAAAAAAGUGGCUCUGCAGCUGCAGUCAGCAAUUAACGCUAACCAACAACAGCAGCAGCAGCAGCAACAGCAACAGCAAGAACAACCGCAACACUUGUGGCCUCCAAGUCUAGCAACAAAGCAAAGCGAGCAACAAAGCGCCAGCAACAAUACCAAGAACAGCAACAACAAAGCUGGCUUGGACUUAAACAUUAAAGGUGUCGCGCCAACCCCUGCAGCAGUAGCAGCAACAGUAACAGCAACAGCAACAACAACAGCGUUGAAUUGGCCCGCCAUUUCUUUGUGCGGAAACGUGAAACGCGCCAUUGUCGCGUCCCUAAAAAUGCGUGCCCAACAAUCGUUAAUGCUAAUGGCUGCCAGCGCCGUCGCUAUCGCCGUCGCCAGUGUCGUCGCCCAGUUUAGUAAGGCUAGUCGAGGCACUCGUACUCGUCCUCGUCCUAGCCCACAUCCUCAUCGCAGGGCUGUGCAACUCGACACGGCCCUACUGUGCCUGAUUUCUGCGCUCGCACUGCUGCCAAUGCUAACGCUCGGCGAUGACGGGGACAAUUUCUUUGCGGUUAAUAGCUUCAGCAUGGGACCGGAGACGACAACACCCGAAUUCGAUUAUGCCAGCCGGGGGCAAAAGAAGUAUGGCGAUAAGUGCGACAAUACUUUGGAAUGUGGCUUUCCCGGCUCCAUCUGCGAUCCCAAGAAGAAGUCCUGCCAGUGCACCGAAGAUCUGCCUGUCACCAAUCACUAUGAUAAAUGUGGCAAAGAGGCCGCCGUCAACGAGUCCUGUUUCUUCAAUGAGCAAUGCGAGGUUAAAUAUUUUCAGACGGAAUGCCGCGAUGGACGAUGUAUUUGUCGGUUCGAGAUGUCGCCUAUUUGGGGCAAGGAUGGCUCUGUCGAGUGCAAAGGUCGCCAGGAUAAGCGCGGACCCGAGACAUACAUUGAUCCGGCCAUGAUUGGCGUACUGGUAGGAAUGGCAUUGAUGUUUAUUAUUAUUUGUGUCGUCCUACGAUUGUUUAGCCAAGCUCGCUGGCAUGACAAUCGGACAAUCUUUAAUACGCCCAAUCCGCGCCUGAUGAAUGUGUCGCUACUAAGGGACAGCAAGCUGUUGCAUGGCCAGGAGCGACGUGGCUCCCGAAUGUCGGUGAGAGCACCCUCCCGCCAGCCCAGCAUGGCCUCGUUGCGCCCCCACUCGCCCAAUCCGUCGCUAGGUAAGACAGAUUCGCAUGGCACCGCCAGCAACGCCUCGGCCGCAUCGGUGCGCUCGAAUCGCAGCAAUUCCGUGGCACCGGGAAAGGUGUCUAGUGCCCAGCACGAGCGUCACGGAUCGGCGCAUCGUCAGCACGGACAUCAUGCAGUGCAGUCGCCACAGGAUCAGAAGCUGAUCACCAACAUCACGGCGAACCCGAAUCCGGUGGCUGAGAGCGUUACCGUCGAAAUUAUCGAACCGGUGUCAAAGUAAAGGCGGAAUGGAAACAUUGGAAACACCCGAAUACACACACACACAUAUACACAAACAAACAAACGGAAUGUUCGAAAUCGUACAUAUAUAUGUAUAUGCACGCAAUAAUAAGGCCCAUAUGGUCAGACACACAUAAUGCCAUGAAUAGUUUUUUUUAAACGAAACCAUUUUUUGCAAUUAACGACAAUUUUUAAUGAAAUAUUAUAUACAAGGCAUAUAAACAUUUUUGCAGACACACGAGAAAUCAAAUGCUAAUUACAUAAUUACUUACAUAUAUAUAUAGCGAGCAAUCUAUGUAUAUAUUGUCCAGAUAUAUAC